GAGAAUCUUCCCGUUGGCUUCUCCUCCUCUUCCUCCUCCUCCUCCUUUCACAUUUUCUUGCCCUAAUUUUACGCUGGUAUUCUUCUCGGCGAUGGCGGCCACGAGCAUCGGGAUGAUGGAUUCCGCGUACUUCGUCGGGCGAUCUGAGAUCCUCGCGUGGAUCAAUUCCACUCUCCAACUCAACAUAUCAAAAGUUGAAGAGGCGGCUUCGGGUGCUAUCCAGUGCCAGUUGAUGGACGCGGUCCAUCCGGGGAUCGUGCCGAUGCACAAAGUGAACUUUGAUGCGAAGACCGAGUAUGAAAUGAUCCAGAAUUAUAAGGUUCUUCAGGACGUGUUUAAUAAACUUAAGAUCAAUAAGCAUGUAGAGGUGAACAAAUUGGUGAAAGGUCGUCCUCUUGAUAACCUGGAAUUCAUGCAGUGGAUGAAGCGAUACUGUGAUUCUGUGAAUGGUGGUUUUGUUGUAAACUAUAAUCCUUUAGAACGAAGAGAUAAUUGCAGAGGGGGAAAGGAAGUAAGCAAGAGGGUAUCCUCACAGUCGAACAAACAGCCUUCUGGGGCAACCAAAUCACAUGCCAGUGUCAAUGCACGAAGGAAUGAUGGACACUCAACAAAUGCUGGAGUUAAGGCCGGAAGGCCUGGUUCGGGUGGAGUUAAGGACAUUUCUUCACAUGGCAUGCCAGCUCAGUCCAUCACUCCUGCUCAGCAGCAAGCUUUUGAUGAGCAGAUUACGGAACUAAAACUUUCAGUUGACAGCCUGGAAAAGGAGAGGGACUUCUACUUUUCUAAGUUGAGAGAUAUAGAGAUACUGUGCCAAUAUCCAGAGAUAGAGCAUUUGCCGAUAGUUGCUGCAAUUCAGAAGAUAUUGUAUGCCACCGAUGAUAGCCCUUCACUUGCUGCAGAAGCCCAUGCACUGAUUUCCCAGCCACAAAGUCCUGGUACGGGAAAAGAAAAUGCAGCUCCUAGAGCGGAAACUCAAAAGAGAAAAUCAAUUUUAAAUGCCGAGGUUAAUGAAGUCGCCCUUUCUGCAUUAUCCCCAAGACAGAGGCUAUCAGAUUUCUCCGAUGUGCAUCAGAACAUAUCAACAUUUAAAUGCUGAUUACUUCUUGCGGAUUAGGUACUUAUCAGACUUUCAGUUGCGUGAGGUUGCCGCCUUGGCUGCCUUCUAAAGACGGAAGCCUCUUUCUUCGUAUUUUUGGUGAAUGGGCAAAACUAUUCACUGACUGGUCGGUCGAUAUAGUUUGUGCUCCUUUCCAUGACACCGUGAAACGGUUUCUCCAUGAUGUGAUUCAGCCAGUGAUGAACCUGCUAGUGCUCUUGUUGAUUGAUCCACUUCUUUGAUUCUUGUUUUCGAAUAUGUAUUGUGAAGAAACAGUUUUAAGAAUGAUUCAAUGAUUUUUUUUGUGUGUAAUUUCGAAUACUGUGAUAUGAGAUAAGGAUCUCUUUCAAAUAUAAAAAAGAACUCUCAUGUCUUAGUAA